CUCAGAGUAUAAAAAGGGUUGAGGCCAACCCAAAGGAGGAGCUGAUUAUGAGUCAUAUAUAGUUUGUUGGUUUGAUUUAGUUUAUGGCAAUAGCAGCAGCAGCAACCAUGAGCAACGACCCCAAUGAUAAUACCAAUAACGUCGACGUUGACGACCACAACAACAGCAGCAACAGCAGUAAGGACAAAGAUGACCAUGAGCAUGAUAUGGUCAUGCCUGGCUUUCGUUUCCAUCCUACGGAGGAAGAACUUGUAGAGUUUUACCUUCGCCGUAAGGUUGAGGGCAAGCGCUUCAAUGUUGAACUCAUUACUUUUCUUGAUCUAUAUCGCUAUGACCCUUGGGAGCUUCCUGCCAUGGCAGCGAUUGGGGAGAAAGAAUGGUUCUUCUACGUGCCAAGAGACCGAAAGUACAGAAACGGAGAUCGACCAAAUCGUGUUACGACUUCUGGCUACUGGAAGGCAACAGGAGCUGACCGCAUGAUUCGAGCAGAGAAUUCUCGGUCAAUUGGCCUCAAGAAAACCCUAGUUUUCUACUCUGGAAAAGCUCCCAAAGGCAUCCGAACUAGUUGGAUUAUGAACGAGUAUCGCUUGCCUCACCACGAAACUGAACGCUACCAAAAGGCUGAAAUAUCGCUUUGCCGCGUGUACAAGAGAGCUGGAGUGGAAGACCACCCUUCACUCCCACGUUGUCUUGCAACAAGGCCAUCGGCCUCAUCGAGAGGACAGCUGCAGUCACAAAAGAAAUAUCCUCAGGAUGCUGCUCAACAGUUAGCCAUGGAAAGGUUUCAAGCUUUCGGAGGAGGACAAUCACAAUCACAACAAAUAGAGAUUGAAAAGAUAAGUGAGACUGAUGGAAGCAGUAGUAGUACUUCUGAUCAUGUUACAACGGCUCUCCGACUUUCCAAGCAGAAUGUGUACCGUCCGAUGGUUCCUAUAAGCACAACACUUGGGUUACCAUCUGGAUUAAUUGAAGAGGAAGGAUUGUUCUUAAAUCAUCAGUCUAAGCAAGGCUGCAGCUCUUUACUUCCCAAUUGCACAACUCUCUUUCCAAUAGGCUCUUCUUCUGUUUCCUCAAACGUUGUUGACGAUCUCCACAGGCUAGUAAGCUACCAACAAGCUACAAUGAAUCAGCAUCAAUACUACAGUACUGAUCAUCAUCAACAACAACAACAUCAAUGCGAGUUUUCUAUGUUGCCCCCACAAUCACAGGCACAGCAGCUUUCUCUGAAUAUGCUACCCAGCUCACUUCCAACUGCCUUCUCGGACCGGUUGUGGGAGUGGAAUCCAAUCCCAGAAGCAAAUAGGGAGUACAACAUCAAUCCCUUCAAGUAGCCUGUGUAGUGUACUGCAUGCAUAUACCAUUCAUAUAUAUUCUGUAUGUUGCUACUACUCCUUAAUUUCUCUGCUUUUAUUUUCACCAUCUCAUGAGUAUUGCUAGCUAGCAUUCAGAUAUUAUAACUCAUAUCCAUCAGUACUCUUUGUUUGUUUCUCUAUUAGGGUUUUGGGUUUUUAUGAGAGGUUGUUUGAUUCACUUAAGUAAUCAUUUCUUGCUGGGAUUUAGCUAGAUAGGGUAGUGCAACAGCCCCAGGCUCCAACUUAAAGAAGAAAUAUGUACUAUUAUUAUCACUUUAGAGAUCAUAUAUUGUGUAGAUCCUGAUGACAAAAUUAUGUUUCCAGAUGCAAUUGAAUCUAGUUAAAUUACUUACAAAAAUCUUUUUUUGAUAAUUAAAACCGUAGGAUUUGAAUCUUGAUUAUUAGAACU